CAAUCCCAAGACAAUUCUUUGUAGCAAGAGAAGAAAGAAAUAAGGUCAUGGAGAUCAGUUGGGAGUAUUAGUGUUCAACUGCUACCAGCAGCAAGUAAUGAAUAUUUCCUUGUGAAAAAGCUCAAUGCCAUGCAUAACGAUUACAUAAUAUGUAGGUAAUUCAAGAAAUCUCUGGCUCCAUCUUUCUGGAACCCCAACAUUUAAGUGCAAUUUGGGUAUUAAAUUAUCCAUUCAUGCACUGAGUUGAAGGUAUCUCUGUCCCCUCUAUUCUCUGAGAUGUUUCUGCUGACCCGCACACUUGAGUGUUUAGUUCAGAGAUAACUUUCAAUAAACUGUUGUCACUUGAAAAUAAACAGUCUGGACAAUGUAUGGUUCAUUUGGAACAUUGAGAAAAUAAACAACCUAGGAUAUGCUUCCUUCCUGUUUUUACAGCCCUUUUUGGAAUGUGUGUUCCAGAUAUUUCCCCUUCUUCCCCAAAGAAGAAGGUUUUAUUUAAAAUAAAGCUGUUGAUUUGGCACUUCUGGGCGGCCCUUUUUUGAAGAGCCACAGCAAUGGGUGGCUUCGGAGCCCAUCUUCGAAGGAAUCAGUUCAUCCUUCUGUUGCUCUUUCUUUUGCAAAUUCAGAGUCUGGGUCUGGACAUUGAUAGUCGUCCUACGACUGAAGUCUGUGCCACACACAUAGUUUCACCAGGACCCAAAGGAGAUGAGGGUGAAAAAGGAGAUCCAGGAGAGGAGGGAAAGCAUGGCAAAGUGGGACGCAUGGGGCCAAAAGGAAUUAAAGGAGAACUGGGUGAUGUAGGAGACCAAGGCAAUAUUGGCAAGACUGGGCCCAUUGGCAAGAAGGGUGACAAAGGGGAAAAGGGUUUGCCUGGGAUACCUGGAGGAAAAGGCAAAGCAGGGACUGUCUGUGAUUGCGGAAGAUACCGAAAAGUUGUUGGACAACUGGAUAUCAGUGUGGCUCGCCUCAAGACAUCGAUGAGGUUUGUCAAGAAUGUCAUAGCAGGGAUUAGGGAAACCGAAGAGAAAUUCUACUACAUCGUUCAGGAGGAGAAGAACUACAGGGAAUCCCUGACCCACUGCCGGAUCCGGGGUGGAAUGCUAGCCAUGCCAAAGGAUGAAGCUGCCAACAUGCUCCUGGCAGACUACGUCUCCAAGAGUGGCUUCUUCCGGGUGUUCAUCGGGGUGAAUGACCUUGAGAGAGAAGGCCAGUAUGUGUUCACCGACAACACUCCACUGCAGAACUACAGCAACUGGAAGGAGGGUGAGCCCAGCGACCCCUACGGCCACGAGGACUGCGUGGAAAUGCUGAGUUCAGAAGGCAAGGAAAAUUACAGCUUCACAUAAAGGAAGUGACUAAUAGAGACAGAGCGUUCCAAGGGGAUCUGGCGGAAAGCACUUAAAGUCAGACAUGAGGAAGUUCCUGAAAAGAACCUUGAGAAGCAACUGCUCUGAUCAAGAGGAGGAAAAAGGACAUAAUUGGGGUCCCCUGGGCUGAAGUGAUGUGAUCCUGGGAUGCAGUGUGGCAGGAAGAUGGAGAGCUCAGGGGUCUUCUUAAAGGACACUGUGAGUGCCUCUGGAGGGAAGUGUGGCCGUGUGGGUCCCUCUUAGUGAGGACAUUGGGUCCUCUGUUUGGGAUUCUGAAAGCAUUCAGGUCCCGUUGCUGUAGACAGUAUUCUAGCCUGGAAAAACUACUGUGAUGUAUAUAGUGGGAUAUGCUGUUUUUAUUUAAUUUUAAGAAUGAAAUAUCACUUGUUCCAUGAUGGCAAUAAUGUUCUAGCCUUUGCAGUUCUACAUCACAGAUAUCUUGCCUCCAAUCCUGUCCUGUACUUAUAGUCCUAUGGGAUAAAGCCAAGAAUUCAUAAUAUAACAUGCUAUGAAACUUAGAUACUUGAUGAACGAAUAUGCAAUCUUUGUAAUGUGGCUUCUGCCUACAUUUUCAGCCUCUCCAUUCACCACCCCUUCUAAGUACACACCUCCAAAUAUGCACAUGUACUAGAAGUUUCCACGGCUUUUUCAUCUCUCUGAUUUGUAUGUUGCCUUUGCGUAUUUUUCCCUAUUGUCUGCUUAGCAAAUUUUCACUCAUCCAAUGAAACGCAACUUAUACAUCUCAGCUUUCUAAGAGACCCUCAGGGGUUUCUUCCACUAUUCUCUCUCCACACAAUUCUAUAUGUUCCUGUCAGGACAUUUCUAUUGAGGUCAGGGAUUAUACCACAUUCAUCUCUGUAGCACAAUGGCUGAGGAAAAUAUCUAGGAUAUAAUGAGUAACCAGUAUAUGUUGGCUCAAUAACUACCUUAUAAAGGGUGAAUCCAGGAACAGAAUUCAAAGUCUCUUGGUGUACCUUGGUCCUACUAUGUUCAGAGCAGCACUUUAGGACCAAGGGGUGUUUUAUUCAGGGUCCUUAUGGGAAAGAGAUGGCACAUGCAGAUGAGAUGACUGAGAAGCCUUGAAAAGGGAAAUUUUACAAAGGUGUAGACAGAGUCAAGGGAAACCACCAAGAGGUGAUGAAACAUGUAGGGUAGUAACAGCAGGACCUAUAGGACCAAUGUGAGAAAUGGGUUACCAGACCUGGAGAGAGCUCAUGGGAGAGCCACCCAAGAGGAUCUGUGGCCUUAGAGGUAGGAAAGCAACCUGCUGCCAGGUAGGGAGAGAAACCAACAGAUCAUUAUCUGACUAGCAUCUCCUACUGCUUCCUGUUAACCCACAAGUGCUUCCCAUUGGCCAAUCCCAACCAGAAACCAGAGAGUAAAGGAUCCAGUUGUUGUAGGCUAAAAAAUUCAACCUCCCCAGCCUCUAAACAUGGUGGAGCCAGGUAAAGAUGUAGUUGAAGGCCGAACAAAAAUAUCUAGCACAAAGACCGGAGUCCAAGCUUUCUUCUUCAGCAAGCAGAGGCUGACGAUGCCUAUUAGGGAUUUUAGGAACGAGGAUAAGAUAAGGAAGUUGGAAGAUCACUGAAAUUAGAAAGGCAGCAAGCAGUGGACAGCCAGGAUUAAUACAGACAGUCCUAAUAAAGCAUCAGAAUAGAGAGAUAGGCAGAAUGGUGGAUACAAUUUGUGAGGCAAUGGGACAUGAACCCAGGAUUGAACAGGAAAUUUUCAAUGAAAAUUAGAAGGCGGGGCCAGGAGACACUCUCUAAAAUAAUAGAGUUCAUUGUAGGGACUUUUCACAAAAUGUUUACAGAUUUAUUCACAGGAGAAGAAGGAGCUACUAAGUCUACAGAGCUGGGUUUGGCAUAUGCAAAGGGGACUAAUGUAUGAGUCCUAACUUUAGGAGCUUUCUAAAUUGCCAACGCAAAAGGUUCAGAUGGAAUUCAAGUGUGCCGUCCACCCCUUGGCAUAUCCUGGCUUCUCAGGUCUUGGAGGACACUCUUAUGAUCCCCAAUCCUUGAGAACUAUUUUUUUAAAAUUCCACAAGGCCCUGAAACUCUUUGCUGUCAUGGCCAUCGUGCUUAUAGAAUGAAAAUGUAUAUAUACAGCUAUAUGUUUAAAUUCUUCAAUAAGUUCGUUAUCAUGAGUCUAUUUUAAUUCUAAUUAAAACUCAACACACAGGUCGACUCAAAAUUUUAUUCUCAAUCACAGUCAGCUCAAUCAAGCAAAAGUCAUUUGUGCAGGUAGUAUGGUUACUCUAGAAAUGUGUUUCCCCGUUCCCUCUGCACCACCACUUCUGGGCUUAUAGCUCUCCCUUUGUACUUCUUUGGGCCAGAAUAUUUUAAUAGCAAGAAAGAGAAACUCAACUCAGACUAACUGAAGUAGGGAAGGAAAGUGGGAAACAUAGGGCUACAGCUGGAUUGUGCUACAGCUGCCUUCUCUGGGUUCUCCUUGUCUUUGUCUCC